AUCCAGGAAGUUGCAGUAAAUACUGAGACACGCAACAGUAAUCUCUUAUGUUUAAUUCACACCGUCUUUAUUUGAGUAGUAUUGGUUAAGUUUAAGGCUGGAGGAAGCAGUCGCGCUGCUGGAACUAUAUCUGGUCGUUAUGGUCAUUUCAUUCUCCUGGGUUGUUUAUUUUCUGUUUGUCUCUAAACCAGGACUGGGUAAAAACUACAAGAUGGACUGAUCUGAGUUCAGCUGCAGCACAUUUUUGAAGAUAUUAAGAUUGAGGUAGUAGGCAACAGUUUGGAGCUUCAGACAUGGACUUCUCCAAGUUUCUGGCAGAAGAUUUUGAUGUGAAGGAAUGGGUGAAUGAUGCGUUCAAAGUGGCACAGAAAGAGGCGCCGGGCAAAGCAGAUGCUCACGCUGCCACGCUGGUCAUGAAGCUGCAGCUGUUUAUUCAAGAAGUUAACAACUCUAUAGAAGAGAGUAGUAUUCAGGCACUGCAGAACAUGCCACGUGUGUUACGAGAUAUUGAAGCACUAAAGCAGGAGGCAUCAUUCCUCAAAGAUCAGAUGGUCAUGGUGAAGGAAGACAUUAAGAAGUUUGAACAGGACACUGUGCAGUCCAUGCAGGUGCUGGUCGAACUCGAUCAGGUAAAGUCCAGGAUGCAGCUAGCGGCUGAAGCACUACAGGAAGCAGAUAAAUGGAGCACGCUCAGUGCAGACAUUGAGGAAACGUUUAAGACGCAGGACGUGGCUGUAAUUAGCACCAAGCUAGCAGCGAUGCAGAGCAGCUUGGCCAUGCUAGUAGACACUCCAGACUACAGUGAGAAGUGUGUUCAGCUGGAGGCACUCAAAAACAGACUGGAGGCUUUAACAAGCCCACAGAUCGUCUCUACCUUCAACACACACUCUACAGAUCAGGCCAAGCUGUUUGUGAAGGUUUUCACAGAAAUGGACAGAAUGCCACAACUGCUGGCUUAUUAUUACAAAUGCCACAAGGUGCAGUUACUGAGUGUAUGGGAGAGUGUUUGCCAGUCUGACGCUUCUCUAAAGCAGCAGCUCACCGAGUUCUAUGACACACUCCUGUCCACCUGGUACACACAGCUGCAGUGGACCAGCCAGGUCUUUAGGAACCCCUAUGAGGUGGUGACGGUGUUGAUGAUCCAGACUCUUGGUGCCAUGGUGCCAUCCAUCCCAGAUUGUAUCACAGCAGCGUUGAACCAUUGCCCUGCUGAGAGUCGACUUGACACUCUUCUCGAGCUUCACCAGACAGCGGCCAACUUCAGUCGCAGCCUGGAGAGCGCCAUGCAGCCUCACCUCAGUGAGUGUAACCUUUUGAAGGUGGGGGAGCUGGUGUUGUGUGUGUAUGCACCAUAUAAAACGUACCAGAUGCAGUAUGGAGACCUAGAGAAGACCAACCUGCUGAUCCAGCUCAGUGCUGUUCCACUGGAACGUGGUGAGGUGUUAGACUGUGUUUUGGAGCUCACACAGUCUGUACAGAAGGUGUUUGGACUGGCAGCAGCUGCAGUGGAUCGUUGUGUGAAACUCACAGACGGACUCGGAGUGUGUGGCCUCGUCAAAGCACUGAGGGCCCUUUUCACCAAGUAUGUAUCAGAUUUUUCUAUCACUCUUCAGUCAAUCCGGAAAAAGUAUAAACUCGAGGAAAGGUCCAUUUCAGAGGUGUUCACUGAGGACUGGACAGCGUUCCAGAAUUGUGUUAGAAUUAUUGCUACAUGUGGGGAGCUUCUCAGGCAGUGUGGAGCUUUUGAACAGCAGCUUUCAAACAAGAUUUUAGGAAAGGCUGGGCAUUUUCUCUGGGAGGGUUUUAACCCCAGGAGCCUGAGCGGCCUACAGGAGGGCGGGACUGAGAGGCGGAGCCAGAAGAACCCUUGGCAGGAAUAUAACUACCUACAACAAAGCAGCACUGCAGAGUACAACACCCUGCUGGAAACACUGCACACACUUAAGGAGAAAGGCACGGGCAACUCAAGCCUCCUCUCGGAAACUCGCACCGCACUGACUCGUCUGAACCAGCAGGCCAAUCAGCUCGCGUUCGAUUCUGUGUUCCUGCAAAUCAAACGCCAGCUAUGCCUACUCAAUAAACCAGAGGGUCGAGGUUCUGUUGGUCUGGGUGAAAGUUUUACAGAAGAUCUGCCAACUUUCAGCCUCUCACCACAGGAGCACAUUACUAAUAUUGGCCAGUAUAUCAUGUCUCUGCCACUGCACCUGGAGCCAUUUGUGACUCAGGAGGAUCCAGCACUGGAACUGGCCUUACACACAGGAAAACUGCCCUAUCCACCAGAGCAAGGAGAUGAUGUUCCAGAGUUGGAGAACACGGCAGAUUAUUGGCUGGGAUCUAUCGCCAGGGCGACCAUGCAGACGUACUGCGACGUGAUUUUGCAGAUUCCAGAACUGAGUCCUCAUGCCACCAAACAGCUGGCGACAGAUAUUGACUACCUGAGCAACGUGAUGGAUGCACUGGGUCUGCAAACCUCCAGAACUCUGCAGAACAUCACAGCUCUCCUCCGGGCUAAACCUGAGGAAUUCAGACAGACAUCUAAACCUCUCCCACGCAGACUCACAUCCUCCAUUGCUGCUAUGCGAGGCCUUGAGUACUAACCAUGUAUAUAAAAAAGAUGAGCCUUGUUUCGCCAUAGCCAGUGGCAUCUGCUUGCUUUACCAACCAGCUCCAACAUUUCCAAAAUGCCGGCUUAAAUCUGAAGUUUUCAAACAGAAGGGAAAAAUUUACUCGAGUUUGAAGGAGUUUAAGAAGAGAAGUUGCGUAUACUAUCUAACUUUUCAAUUUAAUACAGGGCAAUGUUAUCGUUUUUAGGCCGGAACACUAAGUUUUUGCUAUUUUCAUUCUUAUUAUUUUCAUUAUCUGAACCAAAUAAACUUAUUUAACACUG